CCAUUUUCCAUUUCUAUAUACAGCAUAUCCCAAGAAUGAAGUGCGCACUCCUUGGAGCGACCCGUGGCUGUGGGCUCGAGACCCUGCUCAAUCUACACAGGGCCGGUCACGAAUGCUACAUACUGGCCAGGAACUCGACCGCCGCUGCGGAAACGCUCUCGACGCAAAACGUACCCGCCAAUUCACCCUUGCUUCACAUCAUCCAGGGAGACGCGUUCGAAGCGGACGAUAUCCGCAAGCUAUUUACGGCGGCCGGGAAGGUGGAUUUCGUCAUGUUCAGUUUGGGCGGCCGCCCCUCCUUCACAAACCCCCUCUCGCCAAAGCUAGUCCCCCCACACAUCUGCACUCGCUCGAUGCAGAUAUUCCUCCCAAUAUUCACCGAGUUUUACCCCACGCCGGCGACUCAGCCUCGGCUCGUUGUCAUUUCUUCCAACGGUCUGGGCCCGCAGGGGCACGCUGACCUCCCGCUGGCGUUGAAGCCCCUCUACGGCUGGCUGCUGAAGGAGCCGCACGAGGAUAAGGAGGAAAUGGAGAGGGAGGUGCAUGCUGCAGCCGGGAUCCGCCAUGUGGAUUUUAAUCCUGAUGGGAAGAACGAGGGGAGGUUGGGAAAUGUGGUUAUUGUGCGGCCCGCCUUGUUGACUGAUGGGGUUGCCAAGGGGGAGGAGGGUGCGGUCAGAGCUGGCGAGAGGCUGGAGCGGUGUUGGACGGUUAGUAGGAAGGAUGUUGGCUGGUUUGUUGCUGGGCAGUGUUUGACUGGGGAUCAGUGGAGGAAUAAGGGUGUUACGGUUGGGUAUUAACAUUGAUGGCGUUGAGGGUUUUGGUGGAGUGAGAUGGAGGUUUUUAUGUAUUGCUGGUGAUUUAUGUUUUUUUUUCUUUUCCUUUUAGUUAAACCGCGUGAAUUGGGUAAUCAAUCCGUGGGGGAAAUUUCACCUUUUUU